AUGAAGUUUCGUUACGCCAUGGUUUGUUCCUCGAACCAGAACAGGAGCAUGGAAGCACACUUCCUUUUCAAACGUCAAGGCUUCGAUGUGUCUUCUUAUGGAACAGGUACCCACGUUAAGCUCCCUGGUCCGUCCCUCAGAGAACCAAAUGUCUAUGAAUUUGGAACCCCGUACAAACAUAUGCUUGACGAGCUUCGCAGAAAAGACCCUGAACUUUACAAGCGAAAUGGAAUCCUGCCAAUGCUUAAGAGAAACGCGAGUGUGAAAUUGGCACCCCAGAGAUGGCAAGAAAAUGCUGCUGAUGGCAUAUUUGACGUGGUAAUCACGUUCGAAGAAAAAGUAUUCGAUAUGGUUGUUGAAGAUCUCCAUAAUAGAGACCAUGUUUUAUUGAAAACGGUGUUGAUAGUCAACUUGGAGGUUAAAGAUAAUCACGAAGAAGCCGCUAUCGGAGCAAGGCUUACUUUAGAUUUUUGUCACGAGCUUGAAGCUGUUGAGUCAUGGGAGGAGUCGAUUGAUGAUAUUAUUUCUGGUUUUGAGAAACGUCAUCGGCGGAAGCUUUUGUAUAACAUCUCCUUCUACUGA